AUGACUAAAAACAACGGCGCCGAUGACAUUAUCCCCAAGUGGAAUGGAGAUCUCACCACGGUGGACGAUUAUGAGAGAGACGUCAAGGCCUACAUCCGAGAGGCGAGGCGAAAUGAGAGAUACGUGUGCGGCCCACGUCUAUGGAGCCGACUAGAAGGCAGAGCCCGACAGGCAGCUAAGGACAUGGACUGGGACAUCAUCGAGAAAGAUGAUGGAGCUGCAGAGCUACUACGACACGUUCGAGCGAAGCUCGGAGCUCAGCCCAUCCAGGAUGCAGGCAAGUAUCUAGGGAGAUGGAUCUUCGACUUACGCAGAGAUACAGGAGAGACGAUGCCGAGUUAUAGUAGCAGAGACGACGAGGCCUAUCACGACGUUGUGAAAGGGCUUGACACCGAGUAUUCCAAGAAGCAGCGUACGGCCCGACUCUCCGAGAGAUCAAAGUUGUGGAUCACCCUCUACGGUGAGCUGAAGUGGUUUCUUUACAAGAUCGAGCAUGAGGGCCCAGAGGAUGCUGCAGAAGAAGCGAAGGACCUCAACUGGCGCCUCUGGAGUUUUGUCAGCAACGGCCUAGAGGAGAUCCCCGAGCAUCCAGAUUUCGGUACCGACUUCAAUCAGGCGAUUCCUCUGGACCAACUGCGCGGAUGGCUACUGCUGCAGAGAUCAAGAUUGUCCCAGACCGAGCGUGCAGCAGCGAUCAGCGCAGUCAAAGGCAACUUCGACUACGACAGCAUCGGAGAGCAGCUGCGAGUAUCUUGGCCCGACGAUGAGUUGACACAUCGCGACAAGAAGCAUAGCAAGGACAACCAUCGUCAUCGAGAGCGAGGUCGAAUCCACGUCUCCUACGAGGAUGGCGACGGCGACGAGGACGAAGGAGAUCCCGAGGAGCCGCUCUACAGCGCCCAGGAGAUCGAGGACGCUGAGACCGCAUUCGCCGCCCAGCAGCGCAGCUUCGAGGAAGCCAGAGACCUCCUUCGACGAGUCAAGACAGCAAGGAGUUCUACCCCGUGGAUGAGAAUAAGAAGCGAGAAGGUCGCGGAGGACAGCGCAAGUUUCAAGGGCCCCGGGCUGGAUCCCGAGGCUCUGAAUCGUCGAGUAAAGGACGAGGCCGAGGGAGCGGACAGCGACGUGACGGACCGCCUCGACGAGAUGGAGAUCGCUCCCAAGGACGCCGAGAUGGAGGCCAACCUCAUUGCGAACGAGACGACCCGCAUCGAGCUGGAGACUGCGAUGCCCCCCAAGCCGGUGAUCAAGAACAAGCCGAAGCGGAAGGGGAGGCAGCUCGACAAGACCCAGUAUCUUCAGGUGGAGAAGUCCAUCGAGAUGCGAGAGCGAGUUCAACGCGUCAAGCUGCCGAGCUGUCCUACACUGGAGAAGCUCGACGACUGGAUCCUCAUGAGUGUGAAGCAGAGCUCCUCCAAGGGUUUCGGAAUCCUGGGAAUCGGCGCGACCUCCAGCAUCAUGGGCAUAGAGGCCGCCGAGAACCUACGCGACAUCAUUUGCGAGCAGACGGGCCAGAACAUCAAGAGUGACGUUAGCCAGAAGAGUGCGUUUAUAUUUGGCGACGGCAACUCCAAGACCUGCACCGGCAAGGCUACCUUUCCUCUCAAGAUUGCUGGUGUGGACGGCGAGCUCGAGAUUAACAUCCUCGACGCAGAUGCCCCGCUCUUGAUCGGAGUGGAUGUUCUGAGCCGCCUGGGAGCUGCGAUCGACUGCGAGGGACAUUCUGUUUACUUCAAGAAGCUCGGACGCCUCAAGCACCUCAUCAGCACUUACGAGCACGGGGACAUCAUUAUUACCUACGCCUACGGGGACACCAUCAUCCUUUACGCUUACAGGGAUAGCACCAUCACCUACGCCUUCGGGGACAUUAUCAACCAAAACGUCUGGGGCAUCAUCUGUAUCGGCCCCUACGGCCUCAGCUAUGACAUCAUCAGGGUCACCCUCAGAGGCUUUCCCAAGAGCUCAGAUUUCGGCAACCAGAUUGCCUUCCAUAUUCUCAUGGGCCUCAACCGCGAGACGAAAUACCGCAAAGCAGAGAGCCAGCAAGUGAAGCUGGAGAACGAGGAGAUGGACGGCCCCUGGGAGCAGGUGGACGUUCGAGUGCCUCUGAAGGAUUCGGGAGCAUCGGCGACGUGCCGCUCACCGACGUCGACGAGGCCCACGCUACAACGGAUAUUGCCGCAGGGGCAACUGAUCGCUCACCAGGACACGAAGGGCAACACCUUGUACACGUUCGAGGGCUCGGAGCUGGACAACAGCAAGAAGCGGAUGACGGACAUCUUCCCACUGGAGCACCUGCCGAAUUGGGAGAUGUGGUCCAGCAAGCUCCUUUGGCAGUGGACACAGUGCCGCCGCUGGGGGCGGGUCAUCCAAAAGGUCUUCCUCAAGACGAUCGACCACGUGAACUGGAAGCUGGACAGUCUCGGCCUGCCUGUGCAGCUGCUACCCGAGAAGUACCCGACCUGGCCGACGGACCUCGAGCACCGUGCGAAGAUCGAGCAGUGUCCGCCGAGCACGAAGGCGAAGCAACGCCCCCAGCAGUCGACAGCCGCGGCCGCGCGCGAGCAGAACCAAGAGCUGCGGGCCACCAUCGAGACCGCAAAGUCCGAUUUCUUGACCAAGUUUGCGGAGGUGAGUGCGUUUGUAGCGCUGAGCUCAGAACAGAUCCACGAGCUGCUCAGCAUGGUCACGCUGGGCAACCACCUCAGGCCCCUGUGCAAGAUGCGGGGGUUGACCCAGUCGGGCAAGAAGGAGGAGGUGGUCGACCAGAUCAUAGCGUGCAUCAUCGAGCAGCGCGGCUCGGCGGCAACGACGAUCAGGAUCAAAGUGGAGACCGAGACGAAGAAGACGGAGAAGGGGCCUAUGACCGUGGGCCCGGCGAUUCCAGCUCACUACACGCAGAUGUGCCAGCGCCCAGACUGCAAGCUAUGCCGAGGCAUCGCGAAGAACGAGCCGAUCGUGAAGGUGAAGCCCUACGGGUGGUGCCACCAGCGUCAGGCGAUCCGUGCAGCGACUCACAUGACGAGAUCGGCCAUCUUCGGAGCUAUGUGCGCCCUCACGACCUUCGGCCGCCUGACGAUGGUCGAAGCGUGCACCCACGAGGACUCCAACCUCGGGAAGGUGUGCGACGAGAAGGGCUACCACUACGAGCGUCUCGGCCUGUUCAACGAGAACGACCUCAGCAAGCCGCAGGGUUACCACAAGGCGAAGUUCUUGCUGGACGAGAAGCGCCCCGAGCUCUUCGUCAGCACUCCACCCUGCGGGCUCUGGUCGAUCAUGCAGAACGUCAACCAGCGCGAUGACAGGCAAAGGGAGAACCUUCGCAGGAAGCGCCUCAAGGGCCAGCGGAUCUUCGAGAACAACAAGAGGCUCAUAGAGCACCAGGUGCUCAACCUGAACGGCUCGGCCCUCGCCGAGCAGCCACGCAACAGUCGGUCGUGGCAAAAGACCUGCUGGAAGGACCUCCACAAGAUACUCCCCUACGAGGUGGUCGUGGACGGCUGCGCCUGCGGACUAAGAGCUCCCGACACAGGACACUACCACGAGGAGCUUGAGAGCAGCCUGAGGACUGAAGCUUCGGGCUACUACCCCAAGAUGCUGUGCCGCCGGAUCCUCCGAGCUCUGACUAAGAGCCAGAAUCAUAACAAUUUGGAGGACGAGGUUGUGAAGUGCCUCUGCAUGGCAGCUACCCAGCAGCCGCCGACGGAGCCUACGCUUGAGCAGCCGCAGAACGGUCACGAGGUUCUCUUCGACGCCUUCUCAUGGAUCCGUCGCAGCAAGAAGACGAACGUGAUGGCGCUGGCGAUCCUCGACGCCGGCUCAGACAUCCUCUACGUGCGACUGAUCGACGAGAAGGAGAUCCCGGGCACGACCCGACAAGUUCGUGCCGGCGACCUUCGACAUAUCUUUGCGACAAAGUGGUUUCCCUGGAUGGGGCGUCCGAAGGUCAUGCGCUACGAUCCCGCUGGCAGCGCCAUCUCUAACGAGUUCCGCGAGUGGAUCGAGAGCCAGGGAGUCUACUGUCUUCCAUGCGCGGCCGACGCCCACUGGCAGAUCGGCAAGAUUGAGCGCGCGAUCGAAGCCUUCAAGGAGGCCCUCGACGCUUUCGACGAGAUGGUCUCAGCUGAAGUACCUACCAGCGAGAUGAUUGGACUCCAGACAGCUGCCAGGAACGACCUGAUCAGGAUUGACGGAUUCAGCCCGCUGCAGCGCUAUGCCGGACGGACCCCGACGGGGACCACGGUUCACCUGUCCGACGAGCCGAACAACCUGCCCCUCAUCAGCGCCGAGCUGCAGGAUGGAGGCUCACACCAGGAGCCUGGAUCAAGAAAGGCCAACCUCGCUCCAUGCCUGGGCGAGGCCGCUGGUACGGACCUGGACGAGUACUCUGCCGCAAGCCAUCGAGCUCGGGACAUCGACCUGGCGAUGGACUCUCUACGCUCGCGUCGCGAGCAGCUGGGGACAUGGACCUUCGGCGACGUCCAGCAGCUGCUCGACCAGAACGAGGUGAUCGACCUUUCGAACGAGUCCCCGCCUACUGGCGAGGACCUUGCCGCUGACGACGGCGAGUCUGUCAGCGCUCGCACCUUCGAGGGCAACGCGAGCGGACCCUGGGCCAUUCCUGAAGACGAGGAAGCCGAGCUACCUGCAGAAGAGGAGAUCGUCAUGGAGGCCCCUCCCGACGACGACCAAGCGGAGCGUCCGUCUCAGCAACCCAUUGCGGUGGACACGGACGACGACUUCGACGAGACUACGGCGCCCGACGUGAACGAUAAGCGCCGGCUGCGGUCGCCUGGCUCGACCGAGCCACCUGCCGAGAAGCCGCGGAUCAACGUCGCGACCCAGGGGGCCUUCUCCUACAACCUGCACGAGGGCAACUUCUACUGGGACUAUGCCUACAGCGUCCAGCAGUACGAAGAGACAAAGGAGGACGACGAGCUCAUCGUGCUGGACAUCCCCGUCAGCAACGAGCACGCGUUCAUGGCCUACAUGGACGAUCCCAGCAAUUUCGUGGCAUCACAGGCCCGGAAGGGCCGAGUGGAGGUUUCCUUCAAGAAGGCGACGCCCGAGGAAAAGAAGCUGCUACUUGAGGCCCAGCAGAAGGAGUGCACCUCCGUCCUCAGCACGAAGGCUGUCAGGAUCCUCAACGGCAACAAGAUGGUUGGCAUGGUCAUCCUACACGUCGACGAUAUGAUGAUUGCCGGCGAUCACAACAACUCGGCCUUUCUCAAGAAGCGUCAGGAGAUUCAACAAGCGUUCGGAUGGACACCCUGGGAGAGCCGAGCGUUCGUGGAGUGCGGCAUCAGCACUCGACAGAACGAGGAUUACACCUGCAGCCUCGCACAGGACAACUACAGCCUGAACGUGGAGCCCAUCGAGAUACGACGUGGACGGAAACCCACAAAAGGAGUUUCAGACAAGGAGAGAUCGGACCUACGAGGCCGACUUGGUACGGUCGGAUGGCGAGCUCAGCAGUCGGCCCCGUGGCUCAGCGCAGAAGUCUCUCUACUUCAAGCGGAGAUACCUACGGCCACGGUCUCAACCAUCCAGAAGAUCAACAAGCUAAUCCGCACCAUGAAUGACACCGCCGACGUGGUCAUGCUCAUUCUGGCCAUUGAGCAGAUUGCCGUGGUUGGCUGGGGCGAUAUGAUGACUGAGACCCUGGACGAGAUCAGUUACGAGCGACUCUUUAUCUACGAGCUGGAGUGCGGUCAAGUGGACUACACCAACAAGCAGCACGUGAACGACGCAAUAUCAUCCUGCCCUGGCGUACUGGUCACAGACGGUAACUCGGGCUACGACGCGAUCGAGAAGAGUGAAUCAGCUGGUCUCGGCCUACGUGACAAGCGGACGAGCAUCGAGUGCCUGGGCAUUCGACAGCAGAAGGAGCAGACGGCCCUCCAGAUACGCUGGGUACACAGCGACGCCAUGUUAGCCGACGGGUUGACCAAGGAUCGUGCCGCCAAGGUCUUGCUGGAGUUCUUCAGAUCAGGCCAACGCUGGAGACUCGUGGACGACCCCCUUCACCGCAGUGCCCGGAAGCGCAAGACCGAGGGCUUGGACAAGCUCGACCAUGGCAAGCCGAUCUCGGACGACAACGAGGAUGCCAUGCUGGAGGCCCUAAUCCACUACGCCCGCGACAACCCCGACGAGCAGGAGAGCCCUGCUGGAGAUGCAGCCCUGUGGGGCAUGAUGAAGCCGCUCACGCGCUCUGUGCUUUCUGUGGAUUCAGUUGCCAGAGGCAGGUCUCGAUGCCGUAGCAUCGAUCUUUAG